CCUGCCAAGUUCUGACUGUGAGUCUGAUUAUUGUUCGUCUGCUGUCGUUGUCGCUGUCGGUUGGAACUCAGGAAUUUGGCAAGGAAGGACUAUUCAGUUUGUGUUGUGUUUGUAUAGUGUGCUUUGCCGUUGCCAUUGCUGUUAACGUUGCCGCUCCUGGUAGAAAGUUGAUUUCUUCUUUUCCUUGCAUUCAUCCUCGUUGCCGUCGUCGUUGUCGUUGUCAUCGUCAUCGUCAUCGUCGUCAUUCUCGCUGUCGUUGUUGCCCUCGUCGUGCAGUAUAAGUUUGCAUUCUGUUCAAUUAAGGUGUGGUGACACUAUUGGAAAAACAAAGUACUCAUAGUAGGUACAUUUUAUCGACGAUAUCCUUUUUGUGUGUCAUUUGUCGAAAAGAAGCAAAUCGGGUGUAACUAGUGUGUUAAAAAGUGAAAAUUGCCAAAUGUGUGCGGAUUUAGAAUUUAUCAAAAAUUGCGCGAAGUGAAUUCUUAAAAAUCUCUCAAAUUCAACCUACAAAAGAUAUUAUCUUUUAUCUUAUCAGUUUUUGUGUAAGCAGAGAAGAAGCAGAAGAAGUAUGAAAAAGGACAAAAUGUGUCGAUAAAGUAUAUAGAAAAAGCCCAUCUCACUCAGCCUUAGUGUUAUUGACAUCAUUUUUGUUGUUGUUUUCUUUUUGUACGUGUGCUUAUCUGUCGAAUACUUAUCCUGAUACUCGUAUAUACGUACAUAUGUAUUGACAUAGGUAUACCUAACCUAUUUAUGUAUAUGUACCUGUAUGUAAUCUUUUGUACGUGUGCUUAGUCCGAAUUAAAAUUAAAUUCUUAAAACCAUCGCCGCCGCCGAGCUCAAUAUCUUAAGCAGCAGCUGUUACUGUUAAGGAAUUUUAAUUUCUAACAUUCCAACACUAAAUUUCGCACUUUUUUGAAAAUUUGAAAAUAAAGAAUAAAAGAGCACAGAAAGACAGGCAAACGCUAUGUUCUCCAUGUGCUCCAAAGUGAAGCCGAGAAAUUCCCCCAGCAUUCAGCUUCAGCAGCAUCAGCACCCAACUGGUGCAGUGGGGAAGCAAGUCAAAGGCGGUUAUUUAUUAAGAUACAAAAAACAGCUCUUGUGGAAUCGGUGGUCAGAAGAAUGGGUUGUCUUAUACGAUGACUCAACUAUGGCCUGGUUUACGGAACCAGGACGAUCAUCUCCAGCGGGAAAAAUCCUAGUCAAGGAAGCUCCUGAAAUGUUGGCAAUCGCGCAUUGGACUGGUCAAAUACCUCGAAGGCCGCCUCUACCAGAAGGCUGUGCCGUCUCGCAACUAAUAGCACUUGGAUCAAGGCGAAAAAAAUCCAAAGUAUAUUGGAUGCUAGCGAAAUCUGAACAAGAAGUUAGUGAAUGGAUAAAGGCUAUUACAAAAACGUUACCACCGCCACCACAAAUUGAAUUAGUAGUGGAUAAGCCACAUUUGAUGAAUGUUCUACGUAGACCAUUGGUUCGAAUUAGACCUGCCACUGCUAACGAAGUUAAAGCUCGAAAAAAUCAGUCCCAAAGUUCUCAAGCCCAAGCGGUAGCGCCAGUUCCAGUUCAGAAUCCUCUUGUGAAGAGUGAUGCAGCCGUGGCUGUACUUAGUAAAAAACCAGACUCAAAAGCGUCUUUAGCUUGUGUCCUACCAUGGGGUCAUGGUUGGGGUUGGGCUACAUUACCAAAUGGUGUUUGGAGCGGCGGUUUAACUUGGUCUCAAUGCGAAGAUACAUUUACCCUGCAUGCCUUACCAACCACCCACUGCACCAAUCUUGUCGAUGCUGUUGCAUGCAACGGAGCAAUUUACCACACCGACAUAGGUGGCUUUGACUUUCAUUCCACAGGCGUUGAAGAUCUCGGCGGUGAAGAUUUCGACUACGCAAUGGAUUGUGGAGAUUUUAUUUUUUAAAUUAUAUAGAAAGUAAUUUUAAAAAAAAGUAAUAAUAAUUAACAAAACAAAAUAUGCACAAAAUAAUGCGGAUUCAUUUUAUAGCAACAAAGUAAUAAUAAUUAAAACAAAAACAAAAAUGUAAUAUCGUAAAUAGUCGCAAAUAAUUUUAUUUUAAAAUUUGUUAAAAUCAACAUAAUGUAUAUUUUUAUAAAUGUGUUUUUGGGAAAAGUUACUGAAAAGUUAUUAACGCUUAAUGAUACGGGUAAAUAAUACAAAUAAAAUACAAACAUACAUACAAUUAUUUUUUUGUAAUGCUGUCCUUAUUUUUGUUUAUGUUAACUUUUCUAUUUACUUAAAGAGUAAUAAUAAAUUAUAAUUUAGUAAUGUUUAGUAAAAGUGUUAUCACUGCAUGUAGAAGAAACUAUAAAAUGUAAUGAAAAGGCUUAGUUUUAUUAAAAAUCAUUAAAUGCCAACAUUACCAGAUGUACAAUUAAUAAAUUUGCAAUAAUAGAUGAAAGCUAAGGUUCUUGAAGUAAUAAUAUGAAUAUUCUUUUGAAACUUUAAUAUUGUUUUAAAAAUUUGACAAUUGGCAAAGGCUAUUCUUGCGUUAUGUCAUUUAAAACUACGUUUGAUUCAAACAAGUCUUGGCUAAAUUUCCCUGUCAGCAAACCAUUUUGAUUAUAACUGAGUAUUCAAUAGUUUAUGUCCGUCCAUGUCUCAUGAGUCGUUACGGAGGAAACUAUUCAUUGUUACACCUCCCUCUAGUGUGAAUGUCAAUGUAAACUAACAUUCGUUGAUAGUUGACAAACAUUGAAGUUCACUUUCAUAGUCAAAUGAAAGUUGAUAAAUAUUGAAAUUCGAUCCUUAUUAUACAAUUUCUUGAUAUUUAAAACAGUGUGUAAUAUUCUCAAUUAUCUGAAUUCUUUUCUUGUCAUACUUUUGUUUCUUAAUUUAAAUUUGUCCAACUUGAAUAUUUAUCAAACACCAAUUGAUAGUUGCCUAGGGAUGAUAGCCACGAAGUAUCUAUGUAUAUUUUAACUAUCUUGCUUUCAGAAAAUUCAUCUUAAAUUUUUAUAUUUAAAGAUGGGAUAGUAUGAAAACUGAAAGGAGCUUGAUUUUCUUAAUUUUAAAUUUUUCAAAUAAAGUUUACGUCAAUGCAUUUAUGUCGACCAUUGCACUCUGGAGAGAUAAGAUGUCUUACUUGUCAUAUGCUAUGGAUAAGUGAUGUCCAACAUUUACUUAUUAACGUUCAAGCUCUUAGAGGACUAGAAAUCAUUCUCUAGUCUUCUUUAUUGAUUGACUGGGGUGGAAUCUGCUUAGCUGAUAAUUGACUAUCAUAUUUUUAAUGUGGUGAAAUUUUAAAAUGAUUCCUAUAAAAUCUCGUAUCUAUAUAAAAGUAUCAAAUCGGCUGUGUUUAAAUAACAUUUUCACUUUUCUUGUGUUUUUUUCGAAUUACGUAAGCUUUCUAUCACAUCUUUGUUGAGACAGCUCCUUAGAUAUCACUUUGACUAUCAACUCACAUAGAUCAACAAUCACCUUAGCCGAUUCCACCGCUGGCUGGUCUCAUUAUUGGCUUUAGAUUCCACUGUGGUCAAUUGAACAAACGUUUUUUUUUUUCAAUUAGAAAGUUAAAUUGCUGAUAAAGUAAUUUGUCAAACUUGCAAUCUAUUAAUUUGAAUUAAAUCAAAGAUUGACAUAAUGGCUAGGCAACAAAAUGCGAAAUAAUUUAAUUUUUUGAUUUCAAACAAAUUAUCUUUUGAAUAAUACACAUUUUUUUUAAUUCUUACAUAUUUUAUUGACAUCCCUUAUUAACAAAUAAAAACAAAUACAUUAUACAAUUAUAGAAAAUUUAGUGUUCACACAAUUUUUUUUAUUAGGUAUACAAAUUAAAUUUGCCAUAAAUAUUCAUAAAAUAAAAGAGCAGGAUAUUCAUCCAUUCGAGAGCAUCGAUAUUUUAUUGAACUGAACUGAGAAUUUCGCCCACAAUCAAUGGAGUUAUACAUAUAUUAAUUAAUUAUAUUAUUGAUGAUGAACAAAUAAAAACAAAAAUGCAUAGAUUAAUACUAUUAAUGGAAUUUCAAAGAAAACCAACACAUAAAAUUGAAAUAAAUAGUAUUAGCCCUUAGGAUUUUUAAAUGUGAUGUUAGAUGUAAUAUUAAAAAAAUAUAUGUCAAGAUAUAUAGAUAUAUUUAUAUAUGUCGAAACAAAAAUAAGAAAAAUAACAAAAACAAAAAUAUAUGCAAAUUAGUGCAUUUAUAUAUAUUUACAUGUUUAGAUGUUUUCUGGCAAAAAAAAAAUAAAUUAAUUUAUUUUUUUGAAACGAAAUUAUUAGAAAAUGUAUACACAGUCACUAUAAUAUGCAUUAUGCAUAAGUAGGUAAAUUAUUUAUUAUAAAAUGUUUGCCCGAAUAUUAAAACAAAAGAAGAAAAAUUUACAACACCAUUCAUUCAUAUUUUCAUUUCAUAUUUUUAGCAGAUCUAAUUUUCAAAAAGAAUUAAAAUUAAGAUGGCGUACAUACGUAGAAAUGAAGUUGAAGGUUCAGAGGGUUAGCAGAUCUUCCUAGUUGUACAAAUUUUCUGUACUGCACAGUUACGCUAGUCGGCUUUAAGCUGAAAGUUUAAAUGAUGGCUAGCCUUUUUAUCUUUUGAAUAUAGAUAAAAAUUAAUUUAUAACUCAAAUGGGAUCAAUUACCACGAUUAUGCUAAAAAUGAAGUUCCACUGUUAUUAUAUUGCACGAUAUAAGAUAAUAUGACUUCAAUGCUUCAAUUUUUGGUAAAAUAUUUUCUUAUCCCAAGCAAUUUUUGUCUCAGUUAUUUCUCUUUUCGAAUUAUUUUGUUUUAACAUCUUAAUUUAACUUCGAAAAAGGUGAUUCAAUUAAUUGUGAAGAGUUGUGAGAAUUGCCCAAAAUGGUUUUCGUGUUAACUUUUUCAAAAGCCGGGACAGAUCAGACAGAUUUCUGUUGUCUGGUCACAGGUUAUAAACCUGGUCGCUAAAAGCUGAGACUAAAAGUUUUAAAUUAAAAAAUGGAAUUUAUUUCUAUCUUUUUGUAAGGAAUUAGACUUUUAAUGUGAGUUUCUUUAAAUUUCAUUUAAAAACAUUUUUAAAUCAGGCAAUAGAAAUGUUUUAUAAACUUUCUAUUUUUGCUUUGCUGAUCGAAAUUAUUUUUUAAUAAUUAAAAUUUGCAAUAUUAAAACUUGUGCAAUUCGUAAAGACCUUCAAAAGGAAGUCUUGAAGCAAACAGAUGGUUCACAUCUAUUUUAAGUGCAGAAAAGAGCUUUAAUAUGCGAGACACAAUAUUUAUUUCUUUGUUAAGAUGUAAUCCUUUGAUCACCACAUUUUAAUUCGGAUGUAAAAGUAAAACUAUUUUAUAUCUUUGUUUUUAAUUGAAAUCUUUUUUACAAAAUUCCAAACAAAAACAAUGCAUUUUAUACACAGAAACAUCAACAACAAAAACUCAAAUUCAAUGUAAGAAUAAAACACCAAUUUGCAAUGUUGAAUAAAUUUCGUGAUUAUUGUAAAUAACAUAUGAAUCACUUAUAAAAAAAUAAACAAUGUUUUUUUAAUAAUAAAAACAAAAAAGUAUACAAAAUAUAUUUUUUAACUUUUUUGUUAAAAAAUAAAAAUAUUUUAAUUUCAUACGUUAAUUAUGAUAUUUAUUUUUUAACUUUUGAUGUAUAAUAAUAUGUACUUAUUUAUACUCAAGUUUAUGCCAUAAUAAUGUGCCAAAAUACCACUCAUGCACAACUCACCAAUAUAACAAUCAAGGGAAUUCUUAAAAAUAUAAAUUAUAAAUACAAAAAUAUAUAUGUACGAGUACAGAAACAGGUGUAUUUAAAGAUACAAGUUUUCUUAAAUUCUCAGAAAAUUGAACCACCCCUCCAAUUCUAUAAGAAAUAUUUUGUAAAACAUAGAAAAACAAAUAUUAUAUUGUAUUGCAUAUACAUUAUAAAUGUAAACCUAGAAAAUAAAAAUGCAUAAUGUUAUGAUCUUGCAAAUCGGUAAAUCUUCUGCAUGGAUCCUUUUCGAAACAAAUAAACCCACAAGCGUAAUAUUAUAUAAUUAUAACAUAACUACAUAAUAUAAAUGUAAACUAAACAGCGUGCCGAUAUGUCUAGAUGUUAAUAUUUAUCUAAUUAAUUUUAUAAGCUGCAUGAUUGAAAACAAAAAAGAAGACUUUAUUUAAACGAAAAUUACGUAUACACGAUCAUUUUUGAAUAUGUCUUGCCACACAAUGUUGAAACUAAAGACGAAAAAAAUGAAAACAUAUUUAGCAUUUACCAAAAACAAAACAAAAACGAACGGGUCAAGCACGAUAUCUUGAAAACCAAAUCUUUAAGAAAAAAAAUCUCGAAAAUUAAAAAAAAUAUUUUAAAUUAAAAUUAACUUUAAAAAAAAAAUUAAUACCAAUCGCGUUGAUCAAAAAUUGUAACAAGUUAAAAAUGCAAGAUCUGUUUGAUUUGACAUUUUCUAUCUUGCAGUUCGAUCAAAAUCCAAAGAACGACGACGGGUUUUCUAGAAAUCAGAAGAGUCUUGCAUAAUUUUAGUUUUUCUUUUAAAUUUUAUAUUCGAUAUAAUAUCGCGAUGAAAUAAAUAAUUUUUCGAGAUUUUAUUUAAAUGAGAUUUUUGUAAUUCGAUAAUAAUGAUCAUGAUUCCCAAGCAAAUAAACAUCUCUUAUUAAUUGUCAAUUAAUGUUUAAUGACAAGUCAAAAAAUAGCAAGCCAAAAAAAUGUUAUUGAAAUAGUAUAAUUACUCGAGAUUGUAAACUUAAUGUUAGAUGUAACAAGAACAGUGUGUGUGGUCAUAGUUAUAGAUGUUAUGCGCAAUAGUAACUUGUUAAAUGUGUCCUUACUGAGAUAUAAACAUGCUCGUAUAUAACACACAAUUUAUUUGCAAUGUCGAAGUUAAACAAAGUUUAAAACUUCAGCGGUAUUCGAAGAAACAGAAGAAUAUACAAUUUAAACGUAACUAUGUACCCUGUAGUUUGUUUCAAAUAGGUGAUAUUAUUGUUCAAAUAAAAAUAAAAAAAAAUAUUGAGUACCUACAUCACACCUAUGUUGGACUUCAGAUUUUAGAGAAAUGUGAAAAAUGUAGCCAAUCAACUAUACUUUAAGUAAAACAAAACAAAAACAAAAAUAAAACUACCAACUGCAAUCAAGAA